CUUAUUGUUUAAGAGCAAGUAGUCCCAUGCCUUUCUUUAACAUCCAAGUUUGGGUUUACAUUCUGCUUGAGCAUGUUCUUCUAGCUUGGCCUGAUCUCUGUUUGCCUUUUGACUCCAGGUGCGAUUCUAGAGCUCUGGAAGGAAAACAGAGAAAAGGGUUUAUUUGCAUUUUAAUUUAUUUCUUUUGUAAGUUUUUCUUGAGGCUGUUAAGAUUAUAGGAAAAGAAGGUAAGUAAAGUUGAAGGCGGCUUUGAAGUUCCUUUGAAGAUUUGUUUGAUGUUGGCAGCUUGACAGACAUUGGAGAAGGCAAAAGUUAUCUUAACGGAGAUUUUUCAAAAUGGGUAUCUUGCAACUCUUCAUUGCUGCAUCUGUGCCGGUUCUAAAGGUGCUUAUUGUCACCGGUGUUGGAGCAUUUAUUGCGACUGACUACAUUGGCUUGCUUGGUGAAGAAGCAAGGAAGUAUUUGAAUAACAUUGUAUUUUAUGUAUUUAAUCCAGCUCUUGUGGCAACCAAUUUAGCUAGAACAGUAACAUUGGAAGCAUGGUUUAUGCCAAUAAAUAUUCUUCUAACCUUUGUUGUUGGUUCUGCUUUCGGGUGGGUGAUUAUCCAAAUCACAAAAGCUCCUCAUCAAAUCAGAGGCCUCAUUUUGGGUUGUUGUGCUGCGGGAAAUUUAGGCAAUAUGCUUAUCAUUACAAUCCCUGCCACUUGUAAGGAAAAAGGCAGCCCGUUCGGUGAUCCCGACAUUUGCGACAAAUAUGCACUGGCAUAUGCUUCUCUUUCCAUGGCUAUAGGCGCAAUAAUUUUGUGGUCUUAUGUGUACAAUAUUGUGCGAAUAUCAUCAAGGCAACCAGAGGAAAAACAAAAUACUAAUGAUCAAGUUUCUAAAUUAGAAUCUGCUGUGGAUUGCACAAAGAUAGUGCCAGGGAAUUGCACAUAUGUGAAAGAUAUUGAGACUCACUCAGCUCUUGUUAUUUGUAAAGAUGACUCUGAAAUAACCCAACCUUUAUUUGCCCGAUCAAUAUCAGAGAAGAAGGUGUCUCUCUUACAAAAAAUGCAGUCUGUUAUCAACUUUAGAAACUUGUUUGCACCGUCAACAAUUGGUGUGAUUUUUGGGUUCAUUGUAGGUUUGAUAGCGCCAAUUAGAAAUGCUUUAAUUGGUGAAAGUGCUCCUCUCCGUGUGAUUCAAGACUCUGUUUCUUUAAUAAGUGAUGGAGCAAUUCCAAGUUUGACUUUGAUUUUGGGAGGAAAUCUUCUUAAAGGAUUAAGAGGCUCCAGCAUUAGAGCUUCAGCUGUUAUUGGAGUUAUAGUGGUUCGCUAUGUGCUAUUACCAUUGGCGGGCAUAGUUAUUGUGAAAGGUGCUGUUUUUCUAGGCCUUGUGCAUGCUGAUCCUUUGUAUCAGUUUGUCCUGAUGGUGCAAUAUGCCGUUCCACCUGCUAUGAACAUAGGGACUAUGACUCAAUUGUUUGGCGCCGGCGAAAGCGAGUGCUCGGUGCUCUUCCUCUGGACAUAUGCUUUUGCUUCAGUUGCAGUCACCUUCUGGUCAACAUAUUUCAUGUGGUUGGUCUCUUGACACAUUGCGCAAUGUGUCACAACAUCAUUCUAAAAUCUUCCCUUUUUUAUUAUAGGAUUAGCUCAUGAUUGUUGAGCGGGAGAUUAGAUUAUGGAGAUUUACAUACACAUCACAUAAUCCUUAUGUAUGUAUA